CAAUCCCCCACCCAUCACCCCCAAAGAACGAAAUCUUCCAUGCUUUCAGCAACCGAACGACGCUAUUACCUAGUCCUCCAUCCUCUAAAAUCUCGGCUAAUGGUUCAUUGCAACCUGUAGCUCAUCCCUGGCUACUAUCAGAGCUCAUGCCGCUCCCCCAGCCAUCAUGUACUCUUCCCUCGCUACCGUCGCCGAUGCGGACGCACUCGAUGAAAGCCAGUAUCUCUUCGGCGGCUCCAAUGAUGGCAUUUUACCGAUGUCGAUGUCCCCGGACGUCGUGCAUAUAAAAGCCCAAACGUCUAGCACCGUCUCCAUACCUGGGCUUAAUAACCUGCGCUAUACCGAAUCGACUGCCUCGUCCGUGCACUAUGGCGACACUCACGAUAUGUCGGAACUGAGUGGAAGUCAUAUGAGCGGAGGAGAGGAGCGGGAUGGGUCUACGCCAGGUUAUGUCAAUGGAAACGAGACGAGUCACGCGCAUUCUUCACUACACUAUCCUCAUCCGCUCCGAACUUCGCAAACGACUGGAGGAUCAAAUACAACUCUCCAUGCGAACUCGGCAGAAUCAAAUCGUUACAACUCAGGCACGACGGUUAAUGGAUUAGCAUCCGCUGGCGUAACUACUACGUCUUACCUGAAAGACGCCACGAAUGAUCAACCAUCCAUUUCGCAAACUCCGCAUCUCCUCGAUGGUGGGUCGAAAACCUCCUCAACCCCAGAACUGUCUCAAUCUCAAGGGCGAUCCAGCGUGCAUCGCUCAAGGAAUCCCAGCCCCGUCAAAGGCAAGGCUGUCGAAUUCAGGGCGAACUCCUCCAUACCAGCUGCCCUAUCUUGGGAGGAGUUUGGGAGGCAGUGCAUAUUGGCCGCCGAAAGCUCACGCCUCAACCCAUUUGCCCUGCACCCGAACGAGUACGAACUUCUGCGGAACCAUGUUACCCAUGCUCAAGUCACCAUCUACCUGAACAUCAGGAACGCUAUCCUCAGGCUUUGGACGAGGAAUCCGUUAGUCUACAUGAGCUUGGAAGAAGCUGCAGGUUGCGCUCGGGAGAAGCGUUACUUCAACCUAGCGAAGGUUGCGUAUUUUUGGCUCAUGAGGAACGGUUACAUCAACUUCGGAUGUGUUGAAGUCCCCAACACUGCGACAACUAUACCAUGUACAAAAGCAAAGAAGGGCGCCAGACGGACAGUACUUGUAAUUGGGGCCGGGAUGUCCGGUCUUGGGUGUGCGCGACACCUAGAAGGGCUUUUCGCUCAGUUGGGGGACCUGUGGAUGAGCGAAGGAGAACGACCGCCCAGAGUCGUCGUCUUAGAAGCUCGCCCCCGCAUCGGCGGCAGGGUAUACUCCCACCCCUUUCUGAAUCAAUCUGGAUCCACCCUUCCACCGGGACAUCGCUGUACUGCUGAAAUGGGUGCGCAGAUAGUGACGGGCUUCGAACACGGCAACCCGAUGAACGCGAUCAUACGGGGCCAACUCGGCAUUCCAUACCACGGGUUGCGAGACAACACUAUACUCUACGACUACGACGGAACGCUCGUAGAGAAGAGUCAAGAUAUAUUUGUGGAGAAGCUCUACAACGACGUUCUCGAACGUGCGAGCGUAUACCGGAACAAGCCCGCAAUUUUCAGAACUGUUGAAGGCGACCGAAAUCUUAUGCUUUUCGGACGAGAGCCGAGCGAUACCGGGGGGGCAACUAUCGCUGCGCUAGAACAGUCUAAUACCCCUCUGCCUGCGAAUGCCACGACUACAGCAUCGACGACAGAGGAGAAGCCUUCAACAGGCGUCGAGAAGUUGGCAGGACGAGCGUAUCAGCUCAGCGCGGGCUUCAAUGCGAAUAUAUCCGCCGCUCAAGCGGUUCAGAAGAUGGGAUGGCCGCUCAAACCGUCCGCUUCGCUCACGCAGUCGCUCGAGCUAAACACAAUAGCGAAGGCAUCCAAAUACCCAACCCUGGGGCAGAUUAUGGACGAAGGUAUCAAACAAUACCAAGCCAUACUUGAUCUAAAGCCAAGAGAUUUGCGCCUGCUGAAUUGGCACCAUGCGAAUCUUGAAUAUGCGAAUGCAGUAAGCGUCAGUCAGCUCAGUCUCAGCGGAUGGGAUCAGGACAUCGGCAACGAAUUCGAAGGCGAGCACACCGAGAUCAUCGGCGGCUACCAGCAAGUGCCACGCGGCCUUUGGCAAUUACCUAGCAAGCUUGACGUCCGGUUCAGCACUGUCGUCAAGUCAGUCCACUAUAACGCGGAAGAUCGAGGCGUUGGGGAAGCAGUGCGGGUCGAAUGCACCAACGGCGAGACAUUUGAGGCAGACCAGAUCGUUAUGACUACACCGCUUGGCGUGCUGAAGUCUGGAUCAAUCACAUUCCAGCCACCGCUGCCAGACUGGAAGCGGGGAGUUAUUGAGCGGAUGGGCUUUGGUCUGCUUAACAAGAUCAUUCUAGUCUACGAGAAAGCCUUCUGGGAGUCGGAUCGUGAUAUGUUCGGGUUGCUGAACGAAGCAGAACAUCAAGGGAGCUUGAAUCCAGAAGACUACGCUUCUCGGCGAGGCCGAUUCUAUCUAUUCUGGAACUGCAUCAAGACGAGCGGCAAACCUACACUCGUCGCUCUCAUGGCGGGAGAGGCGGCUCACUAUGCCGAAACCUGCUCUAACGACGAACUCAUCAAAGACGUUACGGACCGACUGGACAAAAUGUUCGCCCCGAAUCCCGUUCCCCUCCCGACUGAGGCCAUCGUUACCCGCUGGAAAAAGGACCCUUUCGCUCGUGGGAGCUACUCAUACGUGGGACCGCAGACUCAGGCAGGUGACUACGAUGUCAUGGCGAGGCCGCAUGGGCCCCUUCACUUCGCUGGUGAAGCCACAUGUGGCACUCAUCCAGCAACUGUUCAUGGCGCCUAUCUGUCCGGUCUACGGGCGGCCGCCGAAGUCGUUGAAACUAUGAUAGGCCCUAUCAAGGUUCCCAGCCCUUUGAUCGAGAAGCGAGUGAAGCUCGAGCAUCCGUCCCAAUAUCCGGCCUUAGACCCGAAACGCAAGGUCGAGGUAGACGUCAUAGAACAUGAGAGCAAGAAUGCACGGCUACAACUGGACGAGGACUAUGAAGCAUCAAUUAUUGGAGAGCUCUUAAGCAAAAUCGGCGAGCGCCCUAUCAAACCCGGGCGUGCUAGCGUCAACCCUUUCCUGCUUUUCACGAAAGACUACUGGUACGAAUGCAAAGGGAACUGCGGCGAAAAGCGUAGGGCUGCUACCGGCGACCCAAACGCAAAGGCUUCCAAAACAGAGAUCCGCACCGCUCUUGGCCUCAUGUGGCGAACGGCGAGCCCUGAGAUCAAGAAACCGUACCUCGACCAGACCCAGAGCGCUCGAGACGAUGCGGCCGCAAAUGCAGCAACUUUCAAGGAGCGUGUCGCUGACUGGGACAAGAAGGCGGCACAAAUACGACGAGAGUACAUUCAGAGUCACCCGCCUCCUGAUGGCAAUGAAGACAGAAUCCUGAACAGUCGCACCGCGAUCGAAUUGGGCGCCGGCAAGCGCUUACGACGGCUGUGAGCAACAUAUGUGAAUUUCGUUCACUGUAUUUUUUUUUCAUGCGUUUUUACUUUGCAUAACCUGCGCGGCAUCCAGCAUUUCCUGUGGCGUCGGGUUUCGUUCUGCCAUUCAUCGAAAUCUGCUCAGCGGAGCCUGUUGUCGAAGUUCGUGUCCGGAUGAAAGGCUUCAGUCCCCUCUUCUGGGCGUGCAUUAUAUACAUAGGUGCGGCACUGCAUCAUGGGACCGGCAUGAGGCGUUCUCGACUGGGCGGCACGCUGUGAAGGAUUUGCCGGCGGCUGGCGUGGUCGGGCACACCUGAUAUCCCACCUUGUUGUACUUUCUGUUACUAGAUCAUGUAGAACUCGAACAAAUGAGGCCGCUGUACUGAAGCUCUGGUUGCUAGCUGGCGGGGGUCGCACAGUCUAUCAGCUGAUUGGGCUUAUUGUUGCACCGG